AUGGAAAUAACUCCAAUUCCUGGUGACUGCUCGAAAUGCCAUGCUGAGUAUGAAGUACUUUUGGAGCAAUACACAACAUUUACAUCAUAUAUUGUAAAGGAAAUUAAUGCCAAGGAAUCAGAUCCAAAAGCAUCUCAGCGGGAGCUAGCGAUCUUGUAUGGCACAUACAACAGCUACAUCACAAUGCAUUUCUCAGAAGAAAAUCCGUUGCGAUUUGCUGGCGUCCUUAGCUUUGUUGAAUUUUUAACAUCGAAUGGUUUCUUGAACCAUGCCAGUGAUGUUAUCAUCGCAUUGCAUCGCUCUUUUUACUGUUAUUACGUUGAUUAUGAUAAGAUCUACAGCAAAGAUAUAGAUGUAACGUUUUUCAAUAAGGUCCGACAAAUUAUGGAAAGAUACUUGGAUAAUCUGUAA